AUGGCUAAUUCCACUAUGAGCGGGUUUCUUCUCAUGGGAUUUUCUGCCACGCCUGAGAUGGAACUCUUCCAUGCUUUUCUUUUCUUAGUCUUAUACCUGGUGGCAGUGACUGGCAACAUCCUCAUUAUCACCGCGAUUUCCAGGGACAGCAGUCUGCACUCACCCAUGUAUUUCUUCCUGAAACAUCUCUCCUUCCUGGACCUGUGCUACAUUUCCGUGACGGUGCCAAGGUCCAUUUACACCUCUUUCAUGCACAGUGGCUACAUCUCCCUGGGGGAGUGCAUAGUGCAGUGUUUUUCUUUAAUUCUUUGUAGCACUGCUGAGUUGUCCAUGCUGACAGUGAUGUCCUAUGACCGCUACGUGGCCAUCUGCCUUCCACUCCGCUAUGAAGUCAUCAUGGAUGUCAGCAACUGUGUCCACGGAGUCCUGGGCGUCUGGAUCAGUGGGCUCAUUUCUGGGGCCAUGCACACAGCGGCCACUUUCUCCAUGCACUUCUGUGACUCCCAUGUCAUUCACCAGUUCUUCUGUGACAUCCCCCAGCUCCUGAAACUCUCAUGUUCGAAUGAGUACAUCAGAGAGGUUGGGGUCACUUGCUUUGUAGCUAUUAUGGUCUUUCUUUGUGUUACCUUAAUUGGACUGUCUUACACAAAGAUAUUCUCUGCUGUGCUGAGGAUGCCAUCUGCUGAGGGCAGGGCUAAGGCCUUUUCCACUUGCCUUCCCCACCUUGCUGUGGUCAUUUUAUUCAUCUCAACUGGUGUCUUUGAGUUUCUCAAGCCACCUUCUGACUCUCCCAGUGCACUGGACAUUUUGCUCACUAUUAUGUACACAGUUGUGCCCCCAAUACUCAAUCCAAUGAUCUACAGCCUGAGAAAUAAAGCUAUUAAGGCAGCUCUAAGACAGAUUUUCCAAAGAAGAGAAGUUGACCUCUUUUGUUGA